GAUGGCCAUGCAGGCGAAAACAUCGCUUGAAGUAAAAGGGGAAAUCUCGCCGUCAACCUGUGUCUACACGAGCUGUUAUUGUGAAGAAAAUGUUUGGAAGUUAUGUGAGCAGAUAAGAGAUGAAAAAGAGCAAAACCUGAGUGAAUAUUACUCAGUGUUCAUAUCUAAUGAUAAAAGACAGGUUCCUUUAUGGAUGCAAAAAUCUGCAAAAGACCCCUUAGCUCCUGUUGUUUGGGACUACCAUGUACUUCUGCUACGUCGGGUGAAUGACAAGUGUUUGAUAUAUGACUUGGAUUCCAUUCUUCCUUUCCCUUGUCCAUUUGAGCAAUACAUCCAACAGGCAAUCCAAAAUGACAGACAACUUAAAAAACACUUCCACAGAAAAUUUAGAGUCAUACCAGCAGAGAUAUUUCUGAGUACAUUUGCCUCAGAUCGGUCUCAUAUGAAGAAGCCAAAUGGGGAUUGGGUAAAACCUCCUCCUCCAUACUCACCUAUCAGAUCUGAAGAGAGCACAAUGAACCUUCAAGAAUUUAUUGAUAUGUCACAGAGUGAAGGAGAAGGACAGGUGAUGGACUAUAAAACAUUCGUCAAGAAUUUUACUUCAACAGAUUGACUGGAUGUUGUGACUAUUACAACUCAAGUUAACUAUUAUUGAAUGCUCUUAAUUUGUACACAAAAUUUUGUUUUCUUCAAGUCGCACUCAUCAGAGUGCAGAAACUGGUAUGCUUGCUUAAGUACCGCUUCUGUGAGAUGUUUGUCAAUGCAAAAUGAUAAUUAGUGUUCCUUAAUGGUUGCAUAAAGUUCAGUCGUUCAAGUGCAAGCUCGCAAUGAUACCCUAUAUUUGUACAGAAGGAAGAACAGUUUUAUAGAUUUCAGAAGCACUGCUAGUUGUAAUGUUAACAUUGUCUUGUAACUUUCUUAAAAAAAAAGGAAAGAAAAAAGCACCGCACGAGGAAAAAAAGGAAGCUCUAUGAUAAAUUAAACAUGUUACAUUCAUAAAAAAAAAA